GCGCGCACCCCUCCUCCCUCAGUCGGCUCCCUCCGCCUCUGUUCUCCCUCCACCCCUCCUGCCAAUACUGUACAACUAGUACACACACAGGAUCCGCCGCUGCCACUGCAGCUGCCAUGGACAUCAGCUAACACCACACACCCAGGCGCGCGCGCGCUCCCAGUCGCACCGCGCAGGAGUGGCCCCCGGCAUCUCUACCCUCCUUCCCCACCCCCACCCCACCCGCUCACCAGCUCCGCUAUUGCUCGCUGAGGCUGCCGCCGCCGCCACCACCACAGCUCUCCUCUGCUGCGGGGCCACAGCCUUGAGUGUCAUUCAAGGGACAGCACAACCUCACCCAAGCUUUCCUACCUCUGCCCAGCCAUCCCUCUCAUCCUUCCCCUUCCUCGUCCACACUCCAUCCAAAGAAGAGGGAAAGCACCGAACAGAGAGGGGAGGAAAGCAAAGUCUGCGCUUGUCACCUUUUGGACCCCUGGCUCCUCCAUCCUUAUUCUCUCACCGCCAACACCCCUACCCCAGAAGAACCCCUCAGGAGCUGAGGCGACUCGCCCCACUGCCAUGUCCAAAAGCUUGAAAAAGAAAAGCCACUGGACUAGCAAAGUCCAUGAGAGUGUCAUUGGCAGGAACCCGGAGGGCCAGCUGGGCUUUGAACUGAAGGGGGGCGCCGAGAAUGGACAGUUCCCCUACCUGGGGGAAGUGAAGCCCGGCAAGGUGGCCUAUGAGAGCGGCAGCAAGUUGGUGUCGGAGGAGCUGCUGCUGGAGGUGAAUGAGACCCCCGUGGCGGGGCUCACCAUCAGGGACGUGCUGGCCGUGAUCAAACACUGCAAGGACCCCCUCCGGCUCAAGUGUGUCAAGCAAGGAGGAAUCGUUGAUAAGGAUCUUCGUCACUACCUCAACUUACGAUUUCAGAAGGGUUCUGUGGACCACGAGCUUCAGCAAAUCAUUCGUGACAACCUCUACCUCCGCACAGUGCCAUGCACCACAAGGCCACAUAAGGAGGGUGAGGUCCCCGGAGUGGACUAUAUCUUCAUCACAGUUGAAGACUUUAUGGAAUUGGAGAAAAGUGGUGCUCUCCUGGAAAGUGGAACUUAUGAAGAUAAUUACUACGGCACCCCGAAGCCUCCAGCAGAACCAGCACCAUUAUUAUUAAAUGUAACAGACCAGAUACUUCCAGGAGCCACCGCAAGUGCUGAAGGAAAACGGAAGAGGAAUAAAUCAGUGAGCAACAUGGAGAAAGCAAGUAUAGAGCCUCCUGAGGAGGAAGAGGAAGAAAGGCCUGUGGUCAAUGGGAAUGGAGUAGUAACACCAGAAUCCAGUGAACCUGAAGACAAGAGUGCAGGUGCCUCAGGGGAGACACCCUCCCAGCCUUAUCCUGCACCAGUGUACAGUCAGUCUGAGGAGCUGAAGGAGCAGAUGGAUGAUGCAAAACCAACAAAACCUGAAGAGAAUGAGGAAUCAGACCCAUUGCCUGAUAACUGGGAAAUGGCCUAUACAGAGAAGGGUGAAGUGUACUUCAUUGACCAUAACACAAAGACAACAUCAUGGCUGGAUCCACGACUUGCGAAAAAGGCUAAACCUCCAGAAGAGUGCAAAGAAAAUGAGCUUCCAUAUGGCUGGGAAAAAAUCGAUGAUCCCAUAUAUGGCACUUAUUAUGUUGACCACAUAAAUAGAAGAACUCAGUUUGAAAACCCUGUUCUGGAAGCAAAAAGAAAGCUACAGCAGCAUAACAUGCCCCACACGGAACUUGGAGCCAAGCCGCUGCAGGCCCCAGGUUUCCGAGUAGACAGCUCCUCGUCAACAUUACCUAGGCCCAAAUCCUUCUGCCCCCUCGCUGUCCCAUGGAGGUCGCACAGCGUGAGUGACUUGUCCUAUUAUCCACGCAACCACGCCUGGAGGCCCUGGCCCAUCGAAAAACCACUCUUCACCCGGGAUGCAUCCCAGUUGAAGGGAACAUUCCUCAGCACCACCCUAAAAAAGAGCAACAUGGGUUUUGGAUUUACCAUCAUUGGUGGAGAUGAGCCUGAUGAGUUCCUGCAGGUGAAAAGCGUGAUUCCAGAUGGGCCGGCAGCACAGGAUGGAAAAAUGGAAACAGGUGAUGUCAUUGUCUAUAUUAAUGAAGUUUGUGUCCUUGGACAUACUCAUGCAGACGUGGUCAAACUUUUCCAGUCUGUUCCUAUUGGCCAGAGCGUCAGCCUGGUAUUGUGUCGAGGCUACCCUUUGCCCUUUGAUCCUGAAGAUCCUGCUAACAGCAUGGUGCCACCCCUUGCAAUAAUGGAGAGACCACCUCCAGUUAUGGUCAACGGAAGACAUAACUAUGAAACAUAUUUGGAAUACAUUUCUCGGACCUCACAGUCAGCUCCAGAUAUAACAGAUCGGCCACCCCAUUCUUUGCACUCAAUGCCAGCAGACAGCCAGCUAGAUGGCACGUAUCCACCACCUGUCCAUGACGACAAUGUGUCCAUGGCUUCAUCUGGGGCCACCCAGGCUGAACUUAUGACCUUAACCAUUGUGAAAGGUGCCCAGGGCUUUGGCUUCACUAUUGCCGACAGUCCUACAGGACAGCGGGUGAAACAAAUACUUGACAUUCAAGGAUGCCCUGGCCUAUGUGAAGGCGACCUCAUAGUGGAGGUCAACCAGCAGAAUGUGCAGAACCUGAGCCAUACAGAAGUGGUGGAUAUACUGAAGGACUGUCCCAUUGGAAGCGAGACUUCCUUGAUUAUCCAUCGAGGAGGUUUCUUUUCUCCAUGGAAAACUCCAAAGCCUAUCAUGGACCGAUGGGAGAAUCAAGGCAGCCCUCAGACAAGUUUAUCUGCUCCGGCCGUCCCGCAGAACCUGCCUUUCCCACCCGCCCUUCACAGGAGUUCCUUUCCUGACUCAACAGAGGCCUUUGACCCGAGGAAGCCCGACCCAUAUGAGCUCUACGAGAAAUCUAGAGCCAUUUAUGAAAGUAGGCAACAAGUGCCCCCAAGGACCAGCUUUCGAAUGGACUCCUCUGGUCCAGAUUAUAAGGAGCUGGAUGUUCACCUUCGCAGGAUGGAGUCUGGAUUUGGCUUCAGAAUCCUCGGGGGAGACGAGCCCGGACAGCCUAUUUUGAUUGGAGCCGUCAUUGCCAUGGGCUCAGCCGACAGGGAUGGCCGCCUACACCCAGGCGACGAGCUCGUCUAUGUUGACGGGAUUCCAGUGGCUGGCAAGACGCACCGCUACGUCAUCGACCUCAUGCACCACGCAGCCCGGAACGGGCAGGUCAACCUCACUGUGAGAAGAAAGGUGCUAUGUGCAGGGGAGCCCUGCCCAGAGAACGGGAGGAGUCCAGGCUCCGUAUCAACCCACCACAGCUCUCCACGCAGUGACUACGCGACCUACACCAACAGCAACCACGCUGCCCCCAGUGGCAAUGCCUCUCCCCCUGAGGGCUUCACCUCCCAGAGCCUGCAGACCAGCGACGUGGUCAUUCACCGAAAGGAGAACGAAGGCUUUGGCUUCGUCAUCAUCAGCUCCCUGAACAGGCCUGAGUCGGGAUCCACUAUAACUGUGCCCCAUAAAAUCGGACGCAUCAUUGAUGGGAGUCCUGCAGAUCGCUGUGCAAAACUGAAGGUAGGAGACCGGAUCUUAGCAGUCAACGGCCAAUCGAUCAUCAACAUGCCUCACGCAGACAUCGUGAAGCUCAUCAAGGACGCGGGCCUCAGUGUCACCCUCCGCAUCAUUCCUCAGGAGGAGAUGAACAGCCCAGCCUCGGCACCCAGCUCAGAGAAGCAGAGCCCCAUGGCCCAGCAGAGUCCUCUGGCCCAGCCCAGCCCAGCCACCCCCAACAGCCCCAUCACCCAACCAGCUCCUCCUCAGCCACUCCAGCUGCAAGGACAUGAAAACAGUUACAGGUCAGAAGUAAAAGCAAGACAAGAUGUGAAACCAGACAUCCGACAGCCGCCAUUCACGGACUACAGGCAGCCCCCACUGGACUACAGGCAGCCCCCAGGAGGGGACUACCAGCAACCCCCACCCUUGGACUACAGGCAGCCUCCACUGCUGGACUACAGGCAGCACUCCCCUGACACCAGGCAGUACCCUCUGUCAGACUACAGGCAGCCUCAGGAUUUUGAUUAUUUCACUGUGGACAUGGAGAAAGGAGCCAAAGGGUUUGGAUUCAGCAUUCGUGGAGGAAGGGAAUACAAAAUGGAUUUGUACGUCUUGCGAUUGGCAGAAGACGGACCGGCCAUAAGGAAUGGAAGGAUGAGGGUAGGAGAUCAAAUCAUUGAAAUCAAUGGGGAGAGCACAAGGGACAUGACCCACGCCAGAGCAAUAGAACUCAUCAAGUCUGGAGGAAGAAGAGUGAGGCUGCUGCUGAAGCGCGGGACGGGGCAGGUCCCAGAGUAUGACGAACCCAACUCCUGGAGUGGUCCCGCUGCCGCCACCGCAGGUCUGCAGGAAGUAGGCGUCUCCCCCGAAGACGUCUUCCCGCCCUUCUCUCCAUCACAUCCAGCCCCACCCUCCGACCCUUCCCACCAGAUAAGCCCAGACCCGACUUGGGAUGUCAAAAGGGAACACGACGUUAGGAAACCAAAGGAGCUUUCAGCCUGCGGCCAGAAGAAGCAGCGCCUCGGGGAGCAGAGGGAGCGCUCCGCGAGUCCGCAGAGGGCCGCGCGGCCGAGGCUCGAAGAGGCGCCCGGCAGCCUGGGGCGGCCCGAGGCCCGUAGGCCCUCCUCGGAGGCCAGGGCACCCGGGCCCGCGGCGGCGGCGGACGCGGUGGACGCGGCGCGGGCGGGCGGGAAGGAAGGGCCCCGCCCCGCGACUGGCCCGGAGCUCGGCCGCCGCGAAGGCACUGGCGAUGCGCCGGCGUUCGCGGGUCCGGGCGGUGGCGCGCGGGAGGCCGAGAGCCGGGCGGGCGCGCGCUCAGGAUCCCGGCCGGCUGCGCGGCCUCCGGGGGGCGCCCCCGCGCGCAGGCCAGCCCUGGCGCCGGGGCCCUGGAAGGUACCAGGCUCUGACAAGCUGUCCGGCGUCCUCAAACCCGGCGCCUCGGCCGCCGGCAGAUGAGCUUCGCGGCCCCAGCCAGCCGCCCCGCCUCGACGCCUGCAGGCCGUUCUUCUUCGGUUGUGUCUCGCGGCGUUUUAAUUUAUUUUCACUGUCACACGCAUAGAUCCACUAGGCACCGAGGCCUGGGAGCACCAACGUGAGGCCCCAGGCAUCCACCGAGCAUGGGCGGUCCAGCCUCCACGCGCAGACCGAAACUGACCCCAAAGCCCCCAGCUCCACUGUGGGGGCUUUGGCAGCUAUGAAAGAACCAAAAUAACGUGAAGAACGUCAUGGAGAGACAGUGCAGUGUAGCUUUAGUUUAAAAAAGAAAGAAAAAAAUUCCCCCCACUGCAUGAAGGAUCUGGAUAUCAUCCAAACUUUAUAUCAAGCUGGACAAGUUAAGAGCAAUCACGAACUGGAAUAUCGCCUUAAAAAAUCAAACUGCACGGAGCAAGCUGAAACUGAGACAAGAUUAUAUCUUUUAAUUGAUCUAAAGAGUUGUAAAUAAAUUGUUCUUGACAUAACUAGACAGGGGUUAAAAGGUUUCUUUGAAACAUUCAGAACUGUUCGCCCACGACAUGUUUCCAUGGCUCACCCGUGGCAUCCUUCACUGGUAUUAGCAGCAACGUUCUCUGCGUAGUGCAGGAUAAGUUAGAAAUCUAGUGAAUUCAUUGGUGUGAUGCCAUUUUUACUGCCAUUUCUGUGAUCAAAUCAUAUUUCUGUACGUUUUCAGUGGUAGAGAAAAAAGGUUUUAAAAAUUGUAUCCUAGGGAACAGUUUGCCGUAAGUCAGAAUUUCGCGGUUUAGCUCAUAGAUCUUAAUUGGUUUUCAUCUAAAAUAUGAAUUUCAUAGAACCACAAUUUGUUUAACCAAGAUUGGCAAGGCUACAGUUCCUUUAUGAAAAGGCUUUCCUAUUGUUUCGGGCUAGCAGACAUAGUAGCUCUUUGACGGCAUGUUAUAUUUUACUUAUUUGUCUUUUCUUAAAGCCCUAUUUUCAUGACUUCAUUUUCACUUUCAUAGAGCAGAAAGCAAAGUAUUUCUCCUAUAUUUUUCAGAUGAUAAUGAAUCCCUAAUACUAAAAAAUCAUUAUGACCAAUUCAUUUUCAUUAAAGAACUUAAAUCUUUCUAGCAUUUUUUUCUGCUUAUCUUUCUUUCCUUAUUCUUUCUCCUUUUCUUUCCAUUUGGUUUGCUUCCCCCCGCCCCCCCCCCCCACUGGUCUUUGCCAAGUUUUAUUUCUUUAGCAACCUCUAGAUGUUUCUGUUUAUCUUCAUUGAUCUAUGGUUGAUCCCCUAGUAAAAAUCUAAGGCUUGCUUUUUUCCCCUGCUGCUUUAAUAUUUCUUUGGGAAAAAAUGGUAUCCAUUUGUCAACCAAAGAACCUCCAAACCUAUAGAAAACUUUUAUAAAAAUUUAUUUAAGCCAGAUUUUUUAGAAAAUGCCCAGAAGCCAAGUUGCAAUGGAUUGAGAAAAGGCUCUGGAGAGUGUCUGUUUUCCGGUUUAUUUUACUCAUUUAGAGUCAAAGGAGAAACGGGAAUUUAUGAUCAGACCAUCCUGGGUGGUCACUUUUUGUUACAACCCAUUUCAGGUCUGCCACAUAACCCCUUGGGCUUGUCAGGUUUAUCAUAUAGUCCCUUUUUUGUUCACACAAUGUUACUUAUUUGUAGCUACACACAUUAAAAGGCUAAAUGUCUCUGAGGGCAGUUUUUCUUAAAUAUGGUCUGAAUGAAUGAGGCUUUAUCCCACUGGUAAACUGCCCCUUACAGGAGUUCAAGUGCAAAUGAGCCUCACCUCCCUGCACUUGUAGUCAAAUAAGGACAGCAGGGAGGGCUGGUCUAGCUCACAAGGUCUUGCCUAACAGCUGCCCUGUGUUGACCCUUUCCCUCUUUGUAAUUGCUGUAUCCUGAGCACUAGCCGCUUAAUUUUCAUCAAGCAUAGGAGUAGUGUAGUCUUUUGACAAGAGGAAAAGAUGGUUGAAAGCCUCAAGUGAAGAGUCUUGCAGCUUGUAAAAGCAAUUUCCAAAAAUGGAGCCCAUUCAUCAUAAACAAAAGCACAAACACAUGUAGCAGUUUACAAUACAUUUGGUUUAAUCUCAAUCAGUCUUUCUCCCCUGGACUAGAAAUCCAGUAUAGUUUGCCAUUAAUUUAUUGAAUCUGGUUUUGGACAAUGCUUCUGUAGUGUAGCUGCACGUCCCGGUACCGUAUCCUCUGACAUUUAUUUUCCAUGUGUUACAAAAGGAUAAAAAAAUUGAGAUUACGCUUGCAUAAACUCUAAUUUGCACAGUUCACAGCUACUACUUGUGCAGUAAUUGCUUUAUGCGGCUGUAAUCCAUAACCUGUGAAGACAGCACAUCAUCUAAAUCCCAUUCCAAAUAAUAUUUCUGUGUAGUGUUAGCUGUGAAUUUACCCUGUACAGCUGUAUCUCUAUAAAUAUAAUUCCAUGUAUUAAUAGUCACAGAAAGACUGUAAGUGAGCAACUAUUUUUAUGAAACGCACCACUAUGGAUAAAUUAACUUUUACAGAAAUCUUGUUUACUGUAUGAUAUUCUAAAACACUGUCAAAUAAAAUAUAUAUCCAAAAAUC